CACAGGUAACACAGAUCCUGGUUGCUUCAUCAAUGGGGAUCAUCGCAGCAGUGGCGGUGCGGUAUCACAUAAAAAACCUAAGGGAUCAAAAGAUCAUUCCACGCCUACGAUCAAGGAACACGAGCUGGGGUCGUCUCGAAAUGCUAGAGACCUUUGAGCAAUACGUAGGUAGACAGAUGGGAUUUAAAGAUAGAAGAGCUUGUCCAGUGCUCUGCAAGUUAGCAGCAGAAUACAUCAGGAAGUGCGAAAGUUGUGAAGAUGAUAUUUAUUCAUAUUUCUCCGAUGAACCCGACGUAGAUUCGUUGUACGUUAAGCUCGUGGAAGAGUUUGAGAGAUGCAUUCUUAGUUAUUUUGCAUUUCAUUGGAGCCAUGCAGAUAUCAUGAUUAGUCAGGUAUUAAGUGCCGAUGCUGCACCAAAGAGAAAGCUCAAGCAGAUUUUCAUGGCAGCAACUAGGGAACAAAGAUUUGAGAGGGUGACCAAACACCUGAAGGUGGCCAGAGUUUUUAAUACAUUGGUGGAAGAAAUGAAAGCAAUGGGGCUCACCUCAUCUGAUGAUUAUCAAUGUACGGAGGUGAUGGCUCCGGUGGCUCACAGUGACAGAAGUCCGGUGCUGCUACUCAUGGGAGGUGGAAUGGGAGCCGGCAAGAGUACAGUCCUUAAGGACAUUCUCAAAGAACCCUUCUGGGCAGAGGCAGCGGCGAAUGCAGUUGUGAUUGAGGCAGAUGCAUUCAAAGAAUCCGAUGUCAUAUACAGAGCCCUCAGCUCCAAAGGUCAUGCGGACAUGGUUCAUACAGCUGAACUAGUGCAUCAAUCAUCUACAGAUGCAGCAGCAUCCCUACUUGUGACAGCACUCAAUGAAGGGCGGGAUGUGAUCAUGGACGGAACACUUUCCUGGAUACCAUUUGUUCUUCAAACAAUAACUAUGGCGCGAUGUGUCCAUCGCCGGCGAUAUCGUAUGGGGGUUGGUUACAGGCAAGAACCUGAUGGGACCGUAAUUGAGAAUUACUGGGAACAGAUUGAAGAAGAUGAUCAAUCACCAAAAGGAGGGAAAAGGAGGAAGCCAUACAGAAUAGAGCUCGUUGGGGUUGUUUGCGAUGCCUAUUUAGCAGUUAUUAGAGGCAUAAGGAGAGCUAUAAUGUGUAGACGAGCUGUGAGGGUGAAAUCACAAUUGAAAUCCCACAAGAGAUUUGCAAAUGCAUUUCCAACAUACUGCCAACUGGUUGACAAUGCUAGGCUCUAUUCCACCAACGCUUUGGAAGGUCCACCUAAGUUGAUAGGAUGGAAAGACAGAGAAAGGACAUUGCUAGUUGAUCCAGAUGAGAUUGGGUGUUUAGAGCAGGUGGGGAGGCUGAAUGAAAACGCCGAGUCCAUAUAUGAACUAUACAAAAACCCCAACCCGGCUUGUGAAGCUGGUUCAAUUUGGAAAGACAUUGUGCUAUCACCUUCUAGACUAAAUAUUCAAAAGGAGCUCAAGUUUACCAUCCAGGAAGUGGAAAGAAUGGCAAAGCUCUAAUUUGAGUUUCAGGCUUAUGAAU